AUGUCUUCAAGAUACAGGCCACUUGAUACUAUAACAUAUCAGCGGGACAUUUUUCCUGAGGCAAUCACUGCGCUUCAAUUCGAUCCAGUCUCUGACACACUCUGGGCUGGAACUAACUCCGGAUAUGUAUCUGCGUACUACACCUUCCAUGGCUUGCGCGGUGUCUCGUUUCCUGUUGGCGGAGGACUUGCGGUGAAGAAUAUCAGUGCGACUGACUCCGUUGUCCGCGCGUUUGCAUUAGCUAGUGAGGGCAUCGGGACAUGGACAAAGGGGGGCAUGAACAAGUGGUUCUACAGGUACGCCCUUGAGGUCUGUAUAACUGCUGCCUCGCACAAUGCGAGUCCUUCUAGCAUCUUCGCUCUUGGAACGAGCACACCGGAACUGCUCCUGGUCAACUCAGGAACGGGCGAUGUGGUGCGCCGCUCUCAAGUACCGUCGAUCAUGACACACCUCGUGUGGUCUGGGCUUCAUCUCAUAUCUGGCUCUUCGGACGGCUAUUUGCGCACCCACGACGUACGCGAGGGCACUCGGGCAAUGAGCAGUGCCAGCAGCGUCAGAGCGCACGAAAGCGGCAUUCAAGGCGUAGAGGCUUACAACCACUAUGUCUACACGAUCGGCCUUGGUACUAGGCAAGGACGGCCGUACCCCGAUCCCCUCGUCAAGCUCUAUGACUUGCGUACGAUGAAACCGCUCCCGCCGCUCCCGUUUCAGAACGGCCCUGCAUUCCUAAACCGGAUCAACUCACGGCCCAACAGCCUGGUCAUCACUUCUAAUCAAGGCCUUGUCAACAUUGUAGAUGCGACGAAUCCUGCCAUCACCGAGUUCUACCAGCUCGACUCGCCAUCGUUCAUCACUUCCGCUGCUGUAUCUCCGACUGGUGGAUACAUGGCAUUCGGUGAUUCUGACGGGACAAUACUUUUGAUGACGGCUGAAGAGGAAGGCUCCGAAAUGCCCUUCAAUGGCUUCAAAGGCAAAUCCAUCGAGUGGUCAGAUGUCCCUGAACCACUGCCGUUGAUUGAAUGGACCGAUUUUACACCGCUGAACAUGAUUGGCAUGCCACACUUCAAUGAGCCCCUUUUGUCGGCGUGGACACCAAACUUUCUCGUGCAAGGGAUGCAUUUCCCGCCACCUGCAAAGAUACCGCAGCAGAUAUUAAGCUCCUUGAAGUACAACGACAACGUGGGUUAUGCGGCACUGCCUAAAGAGCUCAGAGGACGGCGGAAUCUAGCGAUCACUGCUCCAAAGAAGAGCGGUGCUCGUUUCAGAAGUGGCAAGGCGCAUCAAAGGGCGAUACCGAAAUCGUACCGUAAGGUAGAGAUCGAGUAUUCGAAGUUUGGCGUCGAGGAUUUUGACUUCGGGUUCUACAAUCACACAGAGUUCAGCGGACUGGAAACUCAUAUCUCCAACUCGUACACGAACCCCAUCGUUCAGCUCAUGCAUUACACCAUGCCAAUACGCCGCCUCGCCAAGUCGCACAAUGCCACAGAUUGUCCACGGGAGCACUGUCUCUUGUGUGAGUUAGGUUUUGUCGUGCGUAUGCUUGAGGAUGCGAGGGGCACGAAUUGCCAAGCGAGCAACUUCUGCAAAACUGUCGGUGUAUUGGCCCAAAUGAACAAUGCUAUUGAGCUCAUCGACUUUGGUCGCGAAUCUGCCGAGCUGAACUAUGGGCACAUGAUCCAGGCGUUCCACAGGUUCCUGGUGGACCAUAUGAGUUCCGAAGGCAAUUCAUUCCCGCACAACCCCAACUUGCUCCCUUCGAUUACCUCUUCUCUCAACUCUCCUGCGCCCAUCACGCAACUUCUGGGCAUCGACGCAAAGAAUAUCAUUACAUGCUUACACUGUAAGGCUGUAAGGGAAAAAGAGAAUAUGACUCACGUCAUUGACAUGACUUACCCUCGAAAACCUCUCUCCGGUGAUGCUAUUAACGAUUCAAGUUUUGCUUCCGUCCUGCAGCACUCCCUCCUGCGUCCGACCACGCACAAGGCCACGUGCCAGACGUGCAAGCAGUUCUCGACGUUUGAGUCACGGCGAUCUAUCCGCUCCCGAGACCUUCCGCCUAUUCUGGCCAUCAACGCCAACGCGUUCAAUGAAGAAACGCAUAAAUAUUGGCGGGAUAAUCGAAAUCAGACCUUCUUGAAACCCACGGUAGAGAUCCAUGGGCAGUUUGAGGGGAUGGAAGAUCCCGAAGCCGUCCUGUAUGAACUGAGGGCAUUGGUGGUACAAGUCGUGACAAAGGAGCAGCACUCGCAUCUUGUUGCUAUCGUGAAAGUACCGGAAGAGGAACAACCGCAGGAUCCUGAGACAGAUGGCCCGUGGUACAUAUUCAACGACUUUGUGGUUCACAACAUAUCAGAAGAAGAAGCACUUAGCAUACCAGGCUCAUGGAAGGUCCCGGCCGUAGUAUACUUGGAGCGUGUAGACCUUUGCUCUAAGUUGAACUUCAGCAGUCUACCUGAGACCAUUGAUCAGUCGAUACUCUGCCGUGAUACCAAUAUCGCUCAAUCUCGUGACAAGAGACUGAUGAAACAUGAACCUUUGCGCUUCGAGGAACUGCCUAACCCUGGGACCCUUAUUGCUAUUGAUGCGGAAUUCGUUUCGAUGCAGCAGGAGGAGACAGAGUAUCGCUCCGACGGCACCAAGAAAGUCCUUCGGCCGGCUCGCCUCAGUCUUGCUCGCGUGUCCGUCCUCCGCGGAGAAGGCCCGAGGGAGGGCGUUCCAUUCAUCGAUGAUCAUAUUCACACGAGCGAGAUCAUUGUGGACUACCUCACAGAGUUCUCUGGGAUCAAAUACGGUGAUCUUGACCCUAAUAUCACAAGAUACACUUUGACGCCGCUGAAGGUGGUUUACAAGAAGCUGCGUCUACUCGUGGAUAGAGGGUGUAUAUUCAUCGGACACGGUUUAUCGAAGGAUUUCCGCAUAAUCAAUAUAUUCGUUCCUCCUGACCAAGUCAUCGAUACUGUAGAUCUCUAUUUUCUCCCACAUCGACAGCGGCGGCUGUCAUUAAGGUUCUUGGCCUGGUUGGUUCUUGAGGAAAACAUUCAAACCGAAACCCACGACUCUAUCGAGGAUGCGCUAUCUGCGCUAAGAUUGUACAAGGCUUACCAAGACUUCGAGUCUCAAGGAACUUUUGAUCAGAAGCUGGAGGAGCUGUACAGGGAAGGGAAGAAAAUUGUACGUCCACAGCGCGCUCCGUUCGCUUGGCGUAUCUCACAGUCUCGUCCAGAAUUGGCGGCCGCCUCCUCGCCCCGGUGUUUCUCCUCCAGUUUCAGAAACCGUCAGCCAAGCAUCAAGUCCCAUUCCUCAGUUCACUCUCAACCCUAG